CCCCAGGGUCCCUGCUGAGUAUGAAAGUUUCAGCUCCAGGGUAGGACAGCUCUCACACAUUCUGGAAGCUGUGUUUGAGGACAUUUUCAGACAGGCACCAGAGCGGAGAGCAUGGCUUCCUCGAAGGACCCCAGGAGCUUUAGAGCCAGCUGUGAGGAUUCUAGUGUGGAGGCGAGCUCUGGAAUACAGCCAGCCUGCGCACACAAGGCCAUCCCCAGAGCUCACAUCACUUUCGUCAUUGACUGUGCAACUGGGAAACGAGUCUCCCUGGCAGCACCCGCGGUGCCACCCCAAGCCUCAAGAACCAACCAGGGAUGUGUCACCCCACCCAUGAAGACCUUUGUUAUGUUCUGUGGGAAAACACCACUGCCUGGGACUCAGGACGUUUCCCUCGGUCUCGGACCCCUUGAUGGAGCCAAGGAUACCUUGCCACCUUAUGGAGGACUUGGGGCUCCAGAUUCCCUCCCUACCAGCCUACCCGGUCCCCAGAAUGAUCCUAAAGCCAAGACAGGCACUACUGAAAAGCGUUUGACUCGGGAGAAGGUCAAGCACUCACUGAGGGCUCUGGCCUGUCUCUGCGGGCAGGUGGAGUAGUUUGGUGGGAUCUGUCAGGGGUGGGGGCAGGGAGUGGCUGGGAAUUUGGGAGUCUUUGGGGCCUGAAGCCAAGGAGACAUUACUAGAUGCAGCAAAGGACUUAAGAGCCAGUUAGGCCUCUGUCCUUUUCCUUCUCCUGUGCCUCGCUCUCAGCUGGGGCCAGGCCUGAUACCAACGUGCUGCGGCCUGUCACGGUUUUCUCGAAGCUUGGAAGGGGAGAAGGGUUGAACAAGUGACCAAAUAAAUAAAAGUUGUGGGUUUUGAGCAGA